AUGGAGACUACUCUCCAGCAUGAAGAUUUACUGAUUAAAUUGCGUGGUAAAUUGAAUGACGGGAAGAUUAAGCUGUGGGAACCGCCGUUCAGCAAUUCUAGCGAUGUAUUAUCAGAAAGCUUACAGGAACUCGCUAAGAAGUAUGCAGUUGACUUAUCUUUGGAUCAAGAAAUGGUUCUUAACGCAUUGCGCGAGUUGCAACUUCAUUCAAUGGAAAGGGUUAAGGCCAAUGAUGAAUUUAAAGAGACUGGUCUGGCAACAUUCAGGAUCAAAGUAACAGCACCCAAAGAGAAGCCGGGCAUGCUGAAGAUACAGAAGAUGUUGACAAGUCCAGGCUCAGAUCUGAUAAGCGCUGUUGCCACUGAAGUAGGAAUAGAAGAAUCCAGGUUGAAAAUUAUCUGUAAUGGAAAAAUAAUAAAGCCUAAUUUGAGCCUCAUGGAGCAGAAUCUCAAAAAUGGAACACUACUAAUGGCUUUAGUGUUAGACACAACCCCGGAGGAAGUUAGAAAAGAGGAGGACAUGUACAACCAGAUGAAAACAACGCGUGACGAUGCCACUCUGCUGUCAGAGUAUGUCAAUAAGGUGGCAGAUGGUGAUGAAUACAUCAAGUUGGAGGACCAGUCUGGCAAGACCGUUGAGCUCCCAAAAGCGGAGAGGAAAUCUUUGCUGGUGGGGCUGGCUCUACAUGAGCGCGGACGUGCCGCCAUCAAGCAGAAGGACUACUCCCUAGCCCUGAUCUUGCUUCUAGAAGCAGACAGGCAGUUCAGCGAGUGCCGAUCCUCGCUCCUGCAGACCGUGGACAACUGGGGCAUCCUGCAGUUGGACAUAGCGUGGUGCUACGCGGGGCUACGCAGCGUAGGCGGGGCCGCUGACGCUGCUAGGCGCCUGGAGGCCGCCGAGCGGGCCCUCAGCAACAGCUACGGCAGGGACCAGCAGCGGCUGUUGCAGGUCAAGGGCACUGCAGCCAACGAACGGGUGCUAUUGAUGAGGCUGUACCUGCUGCAAGGGAUCGUGGCCUUCCACCAGAACAGGAGAGCGGAGGCGAGGUCGUUGCUGGAGAAGGCGGAGUCUGAGUUGAACACGUUGAGGGUGGACGAGGAGGCCGUGGGCCGGUUGAUGGAGCUCGGCUGGUCCCGGACCCAGGCGCGGCUGGGUCUCCGCGGGGCCGCAGGGGACCCAGAUCGGGCGCACCUCCAGCUAGCGGCGCUGGCGGAGCAGCGCGCCCAGGCUCGCGAGCGCCACCGCCGCGAGAGACAGCUCCGCCUGCUGGGCGAGUGCGCCGACGGCACGCCCGUGGACCCCUCGGGGGUGCGCUCCCUCGUGGAGAUGGGCUUCCCUAGAGGCAGGGCGGUGCGAGCCCUCCGCCUCGCCAACAACAGCGUGGCGGACGCCGUCACCACGCUGCAGCAGCGCGUCGAGCUGCUCGAAGACGCCCUGGGCUCGGGCAGCAGCACCGGCAGCUCCGAGGAGGCGCCCCCUGCCCAGAUCGACCAGAAACUGGUGGCCGAGCUGGAGUCCAUGGGCUACAACAUUGAGGAGGUGAAGGCUGUGCUCAAAAUGUGCAACUACCACGUGGAGACAGCCGUCGAGAUGCUGAUGGCCAAGGAAGAUCCAUUCUCAGAUGAUGACGCCGCGAAACCAUCGACCAGCAGCGGUGGGGCGGCGCGCUCGAAAUUGAAACAGGAGCGAGAGAUAAAGAGGAAGGAGCGGGACUUGGCGCUCCAGCGGCUGUCGAAAGCCAUCCGCACUGACGAGGACGACUACCUGGAUACCUCACUCUUGGAGGAGGAGCAAUACCUCGCCGAGUACAAGUCGCUGCUC